CAGGUCCUGAAGCCCUAUGACAGAUUCAUCCACACCCACCUGCGCUUCUAUGGCUACUUCCGAGACCAGAAGACGGGCAGGGAAGAGACUGCCAUGUCCCCGGGGGACCCCUCCGGGCAGCAUCCCAAGGCAUCUACCGUGGGCAACACCGGCCCUGGCUGGCAGCGAGGUCCUGGGCACAAGCCAAACCCCCCCAGGGUGGUGGAGCAGAUCCCCCACCAGGGCAGGCCGGCCCCCUCAACACAGCCUCAGAGGUCUCCACGAAAAUCACAGGCUCUGUUCUCCCUCCCUGCUCCCCGCUGGCCUGUGGAGUGUGAAGUCAUCCAGGAGACAAUUGAGCACAUCGAGUGGGUCCCCCCUGAACCAGAGCCCUUCUGCCCACCCAUGGGCCUGGAGCAGGCCCCAGACACCCUCGGCGAGGAGCAGGGCACCAUUGUCUACCAUACCAGCCCAGUGCUCCAAGGCUCCUGCUUUACCUGUGCUCGGGCUGGGGGGGCCCCAGGGCCCCUCUCCUCGCCAGCAGCCCCCUUGAAGGGUCCCCAGGACACCACGCUGCUCUUCGAGUCCCGCUUUGAGAGCGGGAACCUCCAGAAGGUCAUCAAGGUGGGUCCCUACGAGUACGUGCUGACACUGCGGCCGGAUCUCUACACGGCCAAGCACACCCAGUGGUUCUACUUCCGUGUCCAAAACACCCGGCGGGAGCCACUCUACCGCUUCACCAUCGCCAAUAUGGCCAAGCCCAAGAGCCUCUACGGCCAGGGCCUGCGGCCACUGCUCUACUCCCAGCAGGAUGCCCAGAGCCAUGGCAUUGGCUGGCGCCGGGUUGGGACCGAUGUCCGCUACUACCGUGGCAGUGCGGGGGAGCCACUGGUGUUCCGGCUCAGCUGGACGGUGCGCUUCCCGCAUGAUGGCGACACGUGCUUCUUCGCCGCCUGCUACCCCUACACCUACUCAGACCUGCAGCGCUACCUGCGCGCGCUGGCGGCCGACCCGGCGCGCUCACGGUACUGUGCGGUGCAGGCGCUGUGCCGCAGCCUGGCCGGCAACACCGUGUACCUGCUGACCAUCACCGGCCCCGGCAGCAUGGCCGGCAAGCGGGUGGUGGUGGCAAGUGCCCGCGUGCACCCCGGCGAGAGCGGCAGCUCCUGGGCCAUGAGGGGAUUCCUCAAUUUCCUGCUGAGCGCCCAUGUGGACGCACGGCUCCUGCGCCGCCUCUUUGUCUUCAAGGUGGUGCCGAUGCUCAAUCCCGACGGGGUGGUGGUGGGCAACUCCCGCUGCUCCCUGGUGGGACGGGAUCCCAACAGAGCCUAUGGCACGGCGCUUCCUGGUUCCUUCCCUGGUGUGUGGCACCUGCGGGCCAUGGUCCAGAGGGUGCUGGUGGAGCGGGAGGUGGUGCUGUACUGUGACUUCCAUGGGCACAGCCGGAAGAACAAUGUCUUCAUGUAUGGCUGCGAUGCCGGCAGGGAUGGCUCCAGGACACGGCUGCGCCAGCGUGUGUUCCCCCUGAUGCUGAGCAAAAAUGCCCCCGACAAGUUCUCCUUUGCCAGCUGCAAGUUCCAGGUGCAGAAGAACAAAGAGGGGACAGGCCGGGUCUCCAUGUGGCGCCUGGGCGUCUCCCACAGUUACACCCUGGAAGUGGCUUUCAGUGGCUCCACGCUGGGUGGGAGGAGCUCCCACUUCAGUGUGGAGGACCUUGAGUCACUGGGCCGACUCCUCUGUGACACCCUGCUCGACUUCUGUGACCCCGCGCCUGCCAAGCUCCAGCAGUGCCUGGCGGAGGCGGAUGCACUGUUGCAGCGGCAGAUGGGCCGUGAGCCAGGAUCUGGAGGCAGCUGGAGCGAUGUGUCCCCCUCAGAGCUUGAGUCCAGCACCAGCGGCUCUGACAGCUCUGUGUCCGACGGGAUCCCAGAAGACUUCCACAGCCCUGACCGGCCCGUGGAGCCAUGCAGGAGGAAGUGGCUGCAGAGACGGAGAGCAAGGAAUGCCCUGCGCCGGACAAACCGGAGCCGCACCAGCAUCCCGGCUGGGACCCGCAGGCAUCUUCCUGGUGUCCAGAGUGGAGGUGGCAUAGCGGGAGAGAAGCCCAGAGCCAGCUCCAGUGUCACCUUUCCCAGGGCAGCUGGAGCAGGGAAUGGCCACCGUGCCAGUGUGGGAGAGGUGCCUGGAGCCGACUCUGUAGUGGCUCUUCCCAGGGCACCUGAAGCAGGGAAUGGCCACUGUGCCACCAUGGGAAGGCGUCAGCUGGACAGUGGCACAAGUGCUGGGACACACCACCAGCCACCAGUGCGCCCCUGCCACCGUGGUGCCACCAGUGACUACUCCCGGGAUCCAGCCAUGGGAGCGAUCCCGGGGCCAUCCUGGCAGCGGGGCGGGCACAGGCCCAGGGACAAGGCGCGUCCCCUCACUGUCCCUGCAGUGGCCUCACGCUGCUGCGCCUGCGCUCGGCAAUAAAGAUGCUGCCAACUCCGUG